AUGGCUCCCGUAUCCAAACCAUCUUCCUCCCGAGCUCUCGAUGCCGUGCUCCCUCUCAUCGCUUCAGGCCAGGCGUAUGAAGCCCACCAGAAGGCCCGUACAUUUGCUUCGCGAUAUGCUAAGGCACAACAGUAUGAUACGGCCAUCGACGUUCUCUUUCAAUCCGCGCGGGAGCUUCUGAAGGCAGGGCAGCAGGGCAGUGGAAUAGACUUAGCGUCGUUUAUGUUGGACGUUUACGACAGCAAGGGAGAGGAAGUAAAUGAGGAGAGUCGAGGCCGAGUCACUCAACUUAUUGCAUUGACGGGGUCAUCUGGGGCGUGGAGGAAGACAAUCAUCGAUAAAGCUGUUGGCUGGUCGGGCAAACAUUGUGCCAAUCCCGCGGGUGAUCCUGAUCUACAUCAUUACAUUGGAGAGCUACUGUACAAAGAGGGCGUUUUUGAAGCUGCCGAGCCCCACUACCUCACGUCAGGGAAACGCGACAGUGCGCGCUCGCUCGCUCAACUCUACAUAGAUUGGCUUGGCGACCGUGGAAAUCUUGCUGCCUUUGCGUUACGUGGAACAAUACCCUAUCUUCAGAAUGGAAAUAUCCUUGCUGCACGGACCUUUGUGACUCAAUAUGUCUCACAGCUGACUUCGACCAGGCCCGCAUUAGUGUCCACUCAUCAAUCAACACCCAUAGUCGUGAGAGAUGCGCAAGGAGGCCCAGCCGAUGAGAUAUUGUUCACGACAGACCCCGUUGUCAAUUUUACGCAGCUUGCUGUGCGGACAUGCCAGCGUGCUCAGGGGGCGCAUAAUAAAGCGAUGCGAGAAGCAUGGGUGAGGCUAUGUGGGACGUAUCAGAGUAAGGGUGGACUGUUGGCCAGCAAAGAAUUACGCAAGGCACUGAUUGAGAUUGCGGAAAUAUACUUCGCGAUACCUCCUCCAAAAACCCAGGCUGCCAAUCCUUUGGGCGAUAUGUUAUCGGCAAUGUUUGGCGGCGCCCCUUCUGGUGCGGCACCAGCCAGGAGGGUUUUAUCUCCCCCACCAGCAGCUAAGCUGCCUGGUCUGGACUAG